UUCUGAGAAAAAAAAGAUUUCCGCCCCUCUCUCUCUCUCUCUCUCUCUCUCUUUCUCUCUCUCUCUCUGUCUCUCUCGCAGGGGCGUGUUCAAUAAAAAAGCAGGUUUAAUGUCAUUUGUGUUCUUCAGUGGUGAGACACUUGUGAAAAACCCGACUCCUCAUAACAGCCCUUCAGUCUUUCAUCAAGAUGCAGAGGUGGGCCGUGAUCUGUUGGGCUCUCCUGGCUCUGGUUGGUGCUGAUGAGUGUCCAGAUGGAGGAAGAUGUGAAGAGGGCCAAACCUGCUGCAACGACCCAGCCAGUGGCUUUGAGUGCUGCCCGUUUGAUCAGGCUGAGUGCUGUGGGGAUCAUAUGCAUUGCUGUCCUAUGGGAACAAUCUGCGAUAACGCCACGUCCAGCUGUUUGAACUCUACUGGCUCCAUCCCCUGGGUGGAAAGAGCUUCUGCUGAGCGGCCCAGACUCUCGAAAUCCUUCAGGAUGAUCAAGGCGAACCUAGGGGAGGAAGAUGACAACAUCUGCCCUGAUCAGUCACGAUGCCCACCUGAGUAUUCCUGUCUGAGGGCUUUGACAAGGUUUGGCUGCUGUCCUCUAGCUCAGGGAGUCCCCUGCUCUGAUGGGAAACACUGCUGUCCUGAGAGCCACCAGUGCAGCGCAGACAGCCGCUCCUGCAUCAAGAAAGAGCUUGUGUCUACGGUUCUGUGCAGCGACGGAGUGUCAGAGUGUCCAGAUGAAACCACCUGCUGUGAAACUUCAGAAGGAAAAUGGGGGUGCUGUCCCAUGCCAAAGGCUGUGUGCUGUGAGGAUAAGACACACUGCUGUCCUGAAGGGAGUAUAUGUGAUGUCCAACACUCAAAAUGUAUUUCCUCCUCUACCAAAAAACAAACACCAAUGUGGGCAAAACUUCCUGCCAGGAUCAGAGCCGACUGGGAGAACCAGAAAGGUGAAAAAGUCACUGCAGAGACAGUUGUUGAAAAAAAAAACGAAGUCCCCACAGUGAUUACAGUUCCUCCUUUAGAGAAGGAAGUCUCAUCUGUCACUGAGCCAGCUGCAGGUAAUGAUGUCCCAUGCAAUGAUACAGCAUCCUGUCCAGAUCAAACCACAUGCUGUAAAACCAAAGACGGCGGCUGGUCUUGCUGUCCUUCGCCAGAGGCUGUUUGUUGUGAAGAUUUCAUUCACUGCUGCCCAAAAGGUAAGACAUGUAACCUGGCUGCUCAGACCUGCGAUGACAGCACAUGUUCUGUGCCGUGGCUCGAAAAGGUACCCACAACCCCCCGACAGGGCCCGAAGGUACUCGCAAAGCCCAGACAGGGCGCACAGGUGGGGAAUGUAACAUGUGACUCCACCUCGAGUUGUCCUGAUGGCACCACCUGCUGCAAGACCACAACGGGAACCUGGGCCUGCUGUCCUUUACCUCAGGCGGUCUGUUGUGAAGACCAUGUACACUGCUGCCCUACUGGCACCACCUGUGACCUGGCAGCGCAAAAGUGUGACAGAGCCUUGGGCUCAACGCCCAUGAUGCGGAAGAUACCUGCGGUUGCCACGGCGGCACCCGCUACAGUGGCCGCUACAACCCAAAGUCAGGCAACAAGCACAAAGCAAACCGUGGAGCCUGAGAAAGAGGAGGUGACGAAAACACAGGAGACAAAAGACAAGGAGGAGGAGAAUGAGAAAGAUGACAAAGAGGAAGGCAUUCAGUGUGACUCCCGCACCACGUGCCCUCCGUCCACCACCUGCUGCUUUAUGACCUCGUCUCAUAUGUGGGGCUGUUGCCCGCUGCCAAAGGCGGUGUGCUGCGAUGACGGGAGCCACUGCUGUCCCAACGGCUACACGUGCAACGAGAGCAAGACCUCGUGUGUCAAAGGGGAAGUGGUGAUUCCCUGGUACACCAAGCUGCCGGCCACCUCCAGCAUGGAGACAGAUCCCAGCGCUGUGCAGUGCAACGGGCUGCAUCAAUGUCCACAACACACCACCUGCUGCCAGCUGAUGACGGGCGAGUGGGGCUGCUGCCCGCUGCAAAAUGCUGUGUGCUGCCCAGACAUGGAACACUGCUGCCCACAGGGUUACACAUGUAACAUCGCCUCUAAGUCCUGUCAGAAGCUCAUCAUGCUGCAGCUGGACACCCUCCCGCUAACACCGGUGUCUCUGCCCGGAAAUCAACCCCCGCACAUUCCCUCAACGCAGAGAGAAGUCCCGUGUGAUAAACAGUCCAACUGUUCAGACAAAGAGACCUGCUGCAGGACCUCCCCUACGGAAUGGGGCUGCUGUCCAUCUCCUAAUGCGGUGUGCUGCAGCGACAUGAAGCACUGCUGUCCCAACGGCUACACCUGCACCGAGAAAGGAAACUGCACGAAGGACACCGGGCUCCCCUGGUACAACUGGAACGAGUUCCUCAGCGGCAAAAAGAGAGCUCUAAUUUUGUGAAAAGACCUCACCAUCUGUCUUCUGCAUGCAACGCACUAAUUGAAAAUAAGGUCAAAGGGAUUUUAUGAUCAUUUUUAAAUGGUUUGUUCUAAGAGGAAAGUAGUAAUGGGGGAAGGGGACACUGUGGAAUUGAAUUGCUUUCGGGAGUCAUAAUGUUGUGCAAGAAGAUCAGGGCAUUACGACUUUAAAAGUCAGAUAGAUCAUUGUUAUUACAAGCACAGUUACAAGCUACUUGAAACUCUACUCCAUCCAUAA